ACCAUACAGUUGCAAUGCUUCCUAAGCGUAAGUCACUCGUGUAGAUUAUGUGAAUUAGUAAAUUUUGUUGGAAUUAAUAUUUUGUUUUGCUAUCGUUAUUCACAAAAUUGAAAAAAGUGAAAAUCUAUAUAAUUAAUUUUAUUUGAUUUUUGUUAUAAUAGUAGAAUAAAAUUAUGUUAUUUUAUUAAUAAAAUAUGUAAUUAGGAACAUGUAUUAGUGAUAUAUACGGUAAUGCAACAGUAUUUUAAAAAAAAAUUAAUUAAUCGAAUGAUCUAAAUUAGAAUUUUUCUGGAAUUAUGGUUUUAUACGAUAUUAUAGAAAAAACAUUUACAUCUAAUUUUUUAAGAACAACAAUUUUUUUUUUAACCAUAAUCGGACUUUUGGCAAUAGUACAUUAUGCUGUGGAUAAUUUAAAAUCGUUUAUACUAAUAAUUAAAAGUGUAUUAGACCCUUAUUUUCAACCACAUCUAAAGAAAACUUUGGCUGAGAAAUUCGGUAGUUGGGCGAUUGUGACAGGAGCAACUGAUGGUAUUGGAAAGGAAUACUCAAGAGAAUUGGCUAAACGAGGAAUCAACGUCAUAUUAAUUUCGAGAAGCUCCGAAAAGUUAGUUAAAACUGCAAGUGAAAUCGAACAAGAGUUUAAAGUUAAGACAAAAUGGAUACAAGCAGAUUUUAGUGAAGGAAAGAAAACUUUUAAACAUAUUAAAGAAAAAUUAAGGGGUAUUCCAAUUGGUAUUUUAGCAGUCAAUAAUGUCGGGCGCAUGUACGAUUAUCCAGAAGAGUUAGAAAAAGUUUCUGAAAAGGUCCUUUGGGAUAUAAUAAAUAUAAACAUUGGUGCUACAACAAUGAUGACUAGAACUAUAAUCGGCACUCUAAAAUCCAAUAGAAAAGGAGCAAUAGUUAAUAUUUCAUCUGGAAGCGAAGUUACUCCACUACCAUAUAUGAACGUUUAUUCUGCUAGUAAGAUGUACAUAAAAGGAUUCACAUUGGCAUUGCAACAGGAGUUGUUGGAUUACAAUAUUGUCGUACAACUAGUUACACCAAUGUAUAUAGUAACAAAAAUGAAUGCAUAUUCCAGUUAUGUUAUGAAAGGAGGACUUCUAUUUCCAGACGCCAGGACAUAUGUAAGAUCCUUAAUAUUCACACUCGAUAAGACUCCAGAAACAACCGGGUAUUGGUCUCACGGUAUACAAUACGCUUUAAUAAAGCUUGUUCCUUUAUGGUUGCGGAUUCGACUAGCAAAAGCGCUUACCAAAAAACUCAGAGAAAUGUAUUUCGCUGAGGCAAGAGAACAAAAGGAAGUUGAUAAUGAUAUAUAAAAGAGACUAAUAUGAAUGUAAUAAAAAAUAUGAAAAUAGAUUUUUAAAUAUUAAUGAAACAUUACUAUUUUCAAAAAAAUUUACAUGUAUUUCUAAAAGUUAACAUACGAUUCAGGAGCGUCGAACAAAAUUAAUUUAUUUUAUAUCAAAUGAAAUUUAACAAACGUUUUCUGUUGAUCAAUCAAUAUUUGGUAAAAUGUAAAUAACAAUAAAGUACAAUAUUUUUUUUAUAAA